GCAGGCGGCAGCACCCCCGUCCCGCCUUUCUCUCAGUUUGUUAAGUUCUUUCACCCUUUCCUCUACAGCGUCUUCCACCCAGACGGUGGAGCAAUUCACCACCACCUGCGCCCAGUACUCCAAUUCUACCGGAUAUUUCUCCUCUUCCAACCAAACGGAGGCACUAACGUUGCCUUCGGUUCGUCUUGGACCUUCUUGAUAUUCUCUAUAUCUUUUCUUACUCUUCAUCCGUUAUACCUCAUCUCUCGAAUUAUUUAUAUUAUAUUCCUAUUCGCUUUCCUUGCCCGUCACCACCCAACCAAACCUCACUGACGUUCCACUCCAAGAACCAGCUCAACUUUUACAGCAUCCAGUAUGUACUGGCUUUAUUGUUUGCUUUUCCCAUUGGCGUGUUUAUUCUUGCUCCUUUCAUGGAAUUCGCGACGUAUCAAGGAUGGCCCUGGUCCCCAACCCAGCUCCCCAAAACGAUUUCCCGAGGCCGUGAGUCCACCCAUGUCCCGCGAAGGGUCUCACUCCAGCCAACACUCGUUUCCCAUUUUAUCUUCGACGUUGGACCGGAUACGAGAAUGCAUAAUCAAACUUGCGUUUAUUCCGCGAAGUUUUAUCGAUGCCGAGAUCAACGAAAAGGCCGUGCAAGACAUACUAGCUGAGAAAAGAAUCGAUAGUCGAGUCCCAAGAGCCAAGCUGGCAGAGAAGAUUGUCCAACGAGCUCAAAAGUUAUUCACAAUUCUGGUCAUGUCAAAAAAGGUGGACCAUAUAGAUACCUUCAUGGACCGAGGGAUACAAGAUAGCAAUCUCCCAUUCAAAUUGGACGGGAACGUCUUGCGAACCAGUCAAGGCCACGAGGUCCCGGUACCAGAAGAUUGGGACUAUGAAGACCUGGAAGCAUUAGAAUCAAAGCAGUGGCGUGUGCUCGUGCCGGUCUUUCGCCAAGGUGUUCAUUACGAUUUUCCAGAGCAGCAGAAGUUUCCUUUUGUGGGGAAAGAAUCUGCGAAGUCUACUGAAGGUGGGUACGGAAGAGUCUCCUGUGAACGCAUCCAUGCCGACCAUCACAACUUCUGUGAACCCCCUGACAGUAAGAGCCAAGGGUGUAGAGUUGCAGUCAAGAAACUCAUCCGGCAAGAUAUAACUCUGUUCCAGAGAGAAAAAGAAUUCCUUGAGGCCCUGGGUUCAGCUGAUCCCCAUCCACACCUGAUCAAUCUUUUAUGCACCUAUAGCUUCCUGGGAGAUAACCACCUGGUGUUCCCUUGGGCGGACGAGAACCUUCGAGAAUACUGGAAGCGGACUAAGCUACCCCAGUGGAACAGCCAGAAUAUCCUGUGGUGGAUCAAGCAGGUGGUCGGAAUCGCGAGUGGAUUAUCUGUGAUACACAAGCUACCCCAGGCGGGUAAAACAUCUAGUAAGACGCUUUAUGGACGACAUGGUGAUCUGAAACCUGAGAACAUCAUAUGGUUCAAGAAGCGUCCUGGGUGCACAGAUCAAAACGGUAUACUCAUGAUUGCCGAUCUAGGGCUAGCGAAACUUCACCGAUUUGAGUCCAAGUCGAAUGAUCUAGAUGCAGCCUUCCCUCAGACCUAUUCACCUCCUCGCCGUCCUGGAGAGUUCAUAAACCGAGCCUUCGACAUCUGGGGUCUCGGGUGUCUAUAUUUGGAGCUCGCUACCUACAUCAUAUGCGGGGAGAAGGCCAUCGGAGAAUUUGCAGAACUUCGGGGAUCCGACGACCCCAACUACAUUAUCAAUACAGAUUGCUUCUACAGCGUAGAUCAAACAAGAGUCCGUCCAUCUAUAGAUGCAUGGGUGAGGAGGUUGAAGACGAGCCCACGGUGCUCCCCCGUGUUUUCUGACUUGCUGGAUUUGAUCAUGUCUCGCAUGAUCCGCAUUGAAUCGCGCGAGCGAAGCAGCGCUCAAACAGUCUACCGGAAAUUGGACAAGAUGUACAAAAAGGCUAAAUCAGACCCGCAAUACCUUCUGGGUAGUUACGAGAUGUUGCCGCAGCAGGAGUUGGAUGACUCCCAGGAACCCACCCUCGAAGCAUCACCUUCUGCUCAAAAUGUGUCUCACGGCUCCAGCUCGACCUACUUCACCUCCAAAGCACACGGUCUAGGUGACGCUGUCCACAAUGCGCGACCCCUGCGCUUGAACAAGUUCGGUCCCGAUCUGCAGUCCAAACUGGUUGUUGACAGUGAUGAUUCGUGGUCCAUGAGUGAUUUGGGCCUGCCAAGGAGCAGGGGGACAUGGCCCCAAGUCGGCAGCAGUUGACCCUGCUGUAGUCAGCUUUGCUCCUAUCAAGAUGGGUAAUCAUUGUUUUGGAUUUAACUACCCUUGGUGCCUUUUCUUUAUUCCCUCUUUCUUUCUAAAUCCAUCUUGAUUAUGCUUGGGUCAGAUGUAGAAGAACUAUAUGUGUGUAUUAUCUUUGACAUGGGCGUAUAUUUGUGGAUAAUUAUAUGUUUGGGGGGCUUUGAUGGUGUUGGCAAAUGUAUCAUUGGGAAUGGAGAACUAUAGACCAGACAUGAUGAAGUCGACGAUCGUUAUCAGACAUGUCACUAGCAAUCAUAUCUUCGUGAAUUUCCACGAAAUGUUUAUGUCAGAAUGUGGGUUCGGCAAGGCAGGAUACGGGUCAAGCUGUAUAAAAAUAGAUAGAUAGACAAUUCGUAACUCGAAGAGCUACAACAGGACCG